AUGACACAUGGGAAGAAGAAAUUCGAGCACCUCCCCCUUGCUCAGAAAGGCCCGCUCGAAGUACCUUUCUCUGGCCGCCUGCUCCUCGACAAUCCCUUCUACAACAAGGGAACAUGUUUCACUUCGCAAGAACGGGUGGACUUCCAUCUGAAGGGCCUCCUUCCAACCAAUAUCCAAACACUGGACGAGCAAGUCGAUCGGGCUUAUCAACAGUACUCGGCACAACCAAAUGAUCUCGCCAAGAACACGUUCAUGACCUCAAUGGCCGAGCAGAACUCGGUGCUGUACUAUCGCCUGAUCCAAGACCAUUUGCGGGAAAUGUUCAGCAUCAUCUAUACCCCCACUGAAGGCGAUGCCAUCCAGAACUAUUCCCGAAUCUUCCGCAGACCCGACGGCUGCUUCCUCAGCAUCAAGCAUCCAGAAGAAGUCGAGGAGCGGUUGAGCAAGUUCGUGCGAGAAGGCGAGCCCGACGGCGGCGUGGAUUACAUAGUCGUCAGUGACGGAGAGCAGAUUUUGGGGAUUGGCGACCAAGGUAUUGGAGGAAUACUGAUCAGCGUGGCCAAAUUGGCUCUCAUGACGAUCUGCGCUGGGGUGCACCCUGACAGAACUCUUCCGGUCGUGCUCGAUACUGGUACCAACAAUGAGGAGCUGCUGAAUGACGAUCUCUAUCUGGGCCAUCGUUUCAGACGCGUUCGUGGGCAAAGCUAUGACGAUUUUGUGGACACGUUUAUGAGGACGGCGAAGAAGCUAUAUCCGAACGCUUAUAUUCACUUUGAGGAUUUUGGCCUCACGAAUGCGCGCAGAUUGCUGGACAGAUACCAAACCGAGUACAGUGUCUUCAACGAUGAUAUUCAAGGAACAGGGUGUGUAACGCUCGCGGCGAUCAUGGCCGGACUACAUAUCAACCAAGUGAAGAUGACCGAUCUGAGAGUGGUACUCUUUGGUGCUGGAACUGCUGGCUGCGGGAUUGCAGAGCAGGUGCAGACAGCUAUCGCCACUGAAUCGAAGAAGAGCAAGGAAGAGGUUGCGAAGCAGAUAUGGUGCGUUGACAAGCCCGGGCUCCUGCUCGACAACAUGGAAGACACACUUUCCAUCGCCCAGAAACCCUACGCACGAAGGGCAUCAGAGUGGCAAGGGAAAGACACUAAAUCCCUGCAGUCCAUCAUCGCCGAGGUGAAACCGCACGUCUUGAUCGGCACUUCAACGAAACCUGGCUCGUUCACAAAGGAAGUCGUGCAAGAAAUGGCCAAGCACGUCGACAGGCCGAUUAUUCUGCCACUGAGUAACCCGACGAAGCUGCACGAAGCCAAGCCCGAAGAUCUCAUCCACUGGACCGACGGCCGUGCUCUGGUUGCCACAGGCUCUCCGUUUCCGCCCGUCAAAUACAACGGCAAGGAGAUCGAGGUGGCGGAAUGCAACAAUUCCGUCUGUUUUCCGGGCAUCGGACUCGGCGGUGUUCUGUGCAGGGCGAAGUUGAUGACGGACAAGAUGCUCGUGGCAGCUGUGUCGGCGUUGGCCAGAGAGGCGCCCGCGAUGAACGAUCCAGAGAAGGCUCUCGUGCCGGAUGUGGAGCACGCCCGGGCAGUCAGUGUCAAGAUUGCCAUGGCGGUGAUUCGAAGUGCAGAGGAGCAAGGAUUGGCCCAGACUCCAGAUAUUCCGCAGUCUGACGACGAGUUGCAGGAGUGGGUGGAGGCGCAGAUGUGGGACCCGGUCUAUCGGCCGUACGUGAAGGCUAAGAAUGCAUUGCACUGUUCACGUUAG